UGGGAAUUCAGGAACCUGGUCGCGGACGUUAGAGAAAUUGUCACCUGUGAAUCGAUUAGUUGAGCGGCACAAAAACCUUCAUUUUUCACAAUUGACAAACGUCCCCUUCGAUUUAAUAACACCUCAUUUUAAUACACAGAAACGGAACAAAAUGCCUUCUCCUAAAGCCAAAAACAGCGCAAAUCGCAGCGCAGGUGGAAGCUCGGGUCUCAGUGGCAGCACCAACGGCAACGGACGCUACGAGUUCAUGUCGCUGAACCGAACCCCUCCACCCACUCUCAUCCAACGGCAGGGCUCCGACCCAACCGCCGCAGCCAGACUGCGGUCCUCUGAGAGCCCUACCCGGCGAAGGGGCUCCGGGUCCUCCACCUCGUCCAACACAGGCAUGCCCGAAGAGGAUUGUAUGCGGCUCAACCCUUCAUUUAUCGGGAUAGCCCUCAGCUCCCUCCUCGCCAUAGACCUGUGGCUUUCCAAGCGGCUGGGGGUGUGUGCCUGUGAAGAUUCCUCAUGGGGUAGCAUUAGACCAUUAAUGAAACUUAUAGAGAUUUCUGGCCAUGGAAUACCAUGGCUGGUUGGGACAGCCUACGGCCUGUACAAGGCUGACAGUGCAGCAGGACAGGAGGUUAUGCUAAACCUCUUCAUGGCCCUCAUUCUAGACCUGAUCCUGGUCGGCAUCGUGAAAGCUGUCGUCCGUCGCCGUCGCCCGUCCCAUAACCGCAUGGACAUGUUCGCCACCUUCUCCGUGGACCGCUUCUCCUUCCCCUCGGGGCACGCCACCCGCGCAGCCAUGUGUGCCCGCUUCUUGCUGGCCCACCUGGUCCUGGCCGCCCCCCUCAGGGUGCUGGUGUUCUUGUGGUCUGGUCUGGUGGGGCUGAGCCGGGUGCUACUGGGCAGACACAACGUGACCGAUGUGCUGUUUGGCUUCCUAAUGGGCUACUGGCAGUACAACCUGGUGGAGAUGCUCUGGGUGUCAUCACUGGGCCUGCAGGGGCUGCUGGGACUCAUCCAGGGGUGAGGAGGAGGAGGGGAGAUUGAGGAGGGUUAAAGAGGGUGUGGAUGGUGGGAGACCCUGUCUCAGUAUGUUUGAAACAUUGACUGAUCCUGCCCCGUACUGACACUGUGGUAACUCAUCAUUUCAAGACAAACAACAGCAACAACAAAGGCUGCCACCCACCAAUCAUCCAUCCACAUGGAACUGCAAUCAGAAGCACCUACAGUAGGAGCAGGAUGCUCCUGCACACUGCAUCACAGCACUGCUGCAAAGACCUGGAACACUUUCCACUCUACUGUAAUUCGCUGUUUAAAAAAGAGAGUGUGUGUGGAAUAUUAAUGUGGUGUAAUAAGCCGGGGGGUUGUGUUGCCCCCAAUACAGUCUUCUGUUCUUCUUCCAGCUUUGGAGGUUUGGGGCUCUGCAGUGAUGAGAGAGUGUGUGUGUGUGUGUGUGUCAGAGUGCCGUGUUCUCUUAGAGGGGAGAAUGACUGCUAUAGAUUACAACUUAAAUUGAUUAUGGUGUCUGCGGGUCGCUCUGAAAAGAGCAUCAUAUUUUAUGGAGGAUUAAUUUUGUAUAGACUUAUUUUAAACUUGUAAGGCUGAAAAAUUGAAUGGUUUGUCUUUUAUUUCUCACUGUGAAAUAUAAUUACCCUGAAUGGGUUAUUGAGGGUCUUGAGAAAUAAUUCAAGUUUUCUACAGAUGACUGCAUGCUCAAUAAUAAUUAACUGAUGAUGAUUUUUUAACAAGAGACGAAAGCAUGGUUUUCACUCUAGAUCAGGUUUCCCAACAACUUAACAGCAACGCAGACAUCAAACCUGUAGUUGAUUAUUUCAUAACCUUUUAAUGUGUUAAACCUCUGGCUAGGCUGACCAGACCACGUCAUCUCCCCUUAUCCAGGGUUCUGAGACGUGAUCCUGGAGGGAGAAAGUGGUCAUCUUCAUAUCAGCAUGGAGAGUUGAUGCUUUAUGGUAACUGUCUGAUUAGUUGUGCAACAGCCAGGGUUGCAACAGGUUGUCAGUGGUUGGAGGGAAGAUGGGAGAGGGGGCAGGUUUUAUACUUCUUGCCCAGAGAUAAAGUAGAAUAGCCUUUUUUGCCUUUCGAAUAGAGAUCACACAGUGAAUGUCAAAGAAAGUUUGCUGUUUCCUGCUGUAUGGUUUUGUUUACAGGUGUAACUGACACACACAGACAUUUUACUGUUUGUGUGUUGGCGUAGACAAGAGCACCAGUCUAAGGACCAUCAUUAAUGUUUGUCCAGAUUUAACCCCUGAGUGAUGCCAGCUGUAGUAAUGGUGUAACCAUGGUGCGUGCCCAGACUGAUGGUUGGGUGUGGGGCAGAUCCAGUGGCGAAGUGCUUUGCACCCUGUCCUUAAUUGCCCUACUGCUAAACUGCCCUCUGCUCUGACUGCUGGUGCACCUGCACCAUAGGCCAUGGCCUCCCCUCUCUAUGAAUGUACAUUCUCUGGUGCAAUUUGCAUGUGAGGCAGGCGUGAGAGACCCAUACAAAGAGUUCUCAGCUGUCCUGGGUGUUCACAAAGUGUUUCUGUGUGUUUACACAGACAGCAGCCAUUUUAUGCUGUGGCCGUUGUUGUCAUUUGGCUGUUGUUGAUGACACAUUGUAAAUAUCCUGCACAGACACUAAUCAACACUAUUUUGUUGACUCGGAUGAAUAAUAGUCCCUCUUCUCUCCUUCUCUCCUCUCUCUUCAACUCUGAAAUCAACACUCCUCUCUCUCUCUCUCUGUCCUGUCCUUCUCUCAUCUCCUGUCAGUUGACUGGGUUCUGCUGUAGCUGAGAGAAACCGGGAAGAGGUGUGUGUUGAGACCAACCACUCGAACACCGCUCUGAUUAGAUAUGGAGGACAGCUUAUUAGCCUUGUCUCUCAUUUUCACCGCCUUUCAUCCACUCUAUUAAAUCUCUCGCUCUCUCUUUCUCUCUCUUUCUCUCUCGUUCUCUCUCUGUCUCUCUUACUGUCUCUUUCUUGCUCUGUCUAUCUCUUCCUCUCUCUCUGUGCACAGAGGAGAAGAGUCAGACUCAAUUACCUAUUCUCCGUUCUUCAGUUGCUGUUCACUAUUGAUCUAUACAUGAACCACUACCUCCUCCCUUGACUCCCCACCCCUCUCUCCCCUGGAACUCUACCUCCCCUCACUCAUCUAGUCUUAUGUAGCAUCCAGGCACAAGUAUGAUUCCAAACCAAACAUGCAUUUGUUGAAGUCUUUUACAGUGGAGGAUUUGGUCAUACGUUGCCAUGCAGUGAGUGUACCUACACAUGAUCAGCUGAUCUUGAUUAGUCUUCAUGUACUGUUCUCUGAGGGAUGGUCUACAUCAGUAGCGGCUCUCUUUCUCUGACUGUUGUAAAUAACCCAUUGAGUUACUCUCUGAUCUAUUUGAGACAUGCUGUAUAAUCCAGUAGUAGAGACUAGAGCUAACCAGUCAGUGGUUCUUGAAUUUGUACGAUUCGACCAAUGGCGUGGCUUCCCCAGAAACUGCUUCCUGUACCCAGCCAAAAGCAAUCAUGGUUCUCUUAACAUCGCAAUAAGGAAUAACGCAUUGCUGUUCUUCUGUUUUUAUUGUGUUAUCUACUCACUAAGGAAUGUCUGAAAAUGUAAUGCCCAAUCCAAGCAAUAUGGCUGACAUUCCACCCAGCUUAAAGUUUAGACUUUUUAGAUCUACAGUAUAGGCUAAUUGUGUGUCCCAAAUGGUACCAUAUUCCC